AUGCGUGACUCCAAUUAUAAAUCAGUAUCCAAUAACAAAGCAGCGGUUACUAUAACGACUAGUCUCUAUGACCGAAGAGCGUUGGAUGUGACAUCGGAUAAGCCUUUGGUUAACUCGCUAAACCAUUUGACAUAUUUGGUAUCUUCUCUGGCCAAAGUGAGAGAAACUUUAUCGGUGGACGGGGGUAUUGAAAGACUCAUUGAAAUUUUGCAUGAAUGUCAUAAUCUGACAUUUAAUUUGAAUGACAAUAUUUUCAAUAGCGAGAAGAAGUUAUUGACUGCUUGGAAAUGGACAUUAGCAUUCCAAUGUUUGGUGUUGAUAGGUACAAGAGGAACUGAAAAAAUAAGACAAGGGUUAGUGAAGGCGGGCAUUUUGCCUAUAAUCGCGACCGUUUUAGAUAACUAUUUAACGCUUCAUGAAAGAACCUUCAUUCAUGCAAAUUCUAGACAAUCGGUUACUUCAAAUGAUCUGCAACUGCAUCAACAAGCACAACAGCCACAACAUGGCCAUCAUAGACAACAAGUGCAGCAAAUUCUUCAGACACAACAAAACAAUGAUAUUGCACCUACCUCUGUUUUCGAUAACACUGUUUCUCCGCUGGCGACGGCACCUGGUACGGCUGAUGGAAAUGACUCGUUUGUUGUUUUCAAUAGCACUAAUACCAAUAAUAACAAUAUUUUCGCCGGUGAUCUCCCCACUUUCGAUCAAGAAACCAACAAUGAUACAAACAAUAUUCUUGAUCAACUAGAUUCCUUUGCGCAGGUGCCGAUAGGUAUUUCAAAUGCUUCUGCAUCGGCUGCAGGUGCAGAUGGAACCAACUCGGCCACAAAUACAAACCAGCCAGCAACAUUUUUCAGUAACAUGCAUUCAUACAAUUUGACCAGUGAUGACUAUGACAACCUAUCGGUCGAUCAAUUGUUUAAAUUAAUACGUGUUCAUAAUUCUACUGCAACCAACAAAAUUAAUGAAACCUCAGUAAAUAAUGAUUUAAGAAGAAGAUAUUUAAUCAUCAAUAUAAUAAAAAAAUUAAGGGAAGAAAAGGAAGGAGACAUUUUAGAUGAUAGGUUUAUUGAUGACUGUGAUUAUGAUAUGGAUAAUAGUUUGCAGUUUUUAUCUGAUAUGUACUUGCAGGAUGACAAGGCCACCCAAUUGGUUACCUUAACAAAUUCUAAGAUCUCCCCUCGAAACUUUACGGAAACGGGUGUAGUAAUUCCAAGGGAUGACGAUAUAGUGUGGUCAUUACAGCUAUUGGCGUAUAUUUCGAAAUAUCCGUAUCUUAAAGAUGUCCUACAAAACACCCACCUUGUGAUUGACAUGAGUAUCAGAGAUAAACAAUUGAAGCUUUAUAUUGAAAAGCAAUUAAAAUCUAAAUUAAAGAAGACGUUAGCCCUUAAUUCUCGACCAACUAUUAGACCCAAAUCAAGAAAAAACGCUCAUUCGCGUAAUAAGGAUUCUGAUAUCGAAAGAUUUAAUCCGUCGGCUUCGAGUUCUCCGCAAAUGUUGAAUGACAUCAAUUCAAUUCAGAACGAUGAUUUGCUACUCAAGGAUAAAUUUGAGCUAUCAAAGGAGAAUAAAGGAAAGGAAAUUAAUAUUGCAGAAAGCGCCGAGGCAGAUGACUUCGAAGAUGAUGAUGACGAUGAUGAAAAUGAUGAUAAUGAUAAUGAAAGUGAUAACAUGCAAGAGCUUAUUUCUGAAGAUAAUUGCGAAGAUGAAAACUACAUAGCCAAAUUAACCAAAGGAACAGACGGUAUCGAAUAUCCUGGUCACUUAAACCAUUUGUAUGGGUCUAUUCUUGAUGCUGAGUCUAUAGUAAAUGAUUUAGACCGAGAAAUAGCAUUAUUUUACAUCAGCGAAAGGAUUAAUCGAUAUAUUGAGGUUGAAUGCAAAGGUCUAAGUGACACUAUAACCUCGAGGCGACUUGAACAAAAGCUGUAUUUAACUUCUAAAUGGAAUUAUGAUACCUAUGAUAACUUUGAUAUUGACGAUGAUUCUAAUAACCAAAAGGAAUCCGAUUAUGAUGAAUCAUUAGUUGAGUAUAAAAAGGUAAACCUAUUUCCUAUGGUUGAAAAAUUUACAUUUUUGUCUGGUACAGAUAUGUAUUAUUGGUCGGGGGUCAUAAUGAGAAAUUCCUGUAGAAGGAAUGAAAUUAGAGGUGGUGUUAGACAAUGCGGUAAUCUUGAAUGUGGUAAAUGGGAAAAGUAUCCAAGAGAGUUCCUGAAAUGUCGAAGAUGUAAAAGAACUAAGUAUUGUUCCCGUGAAUGUCAAAUGAGAGCGUGGCAUUGCCAUAGAAAUUGGUGCAUACCUAGCAACUCAAGCUCUGGAAGUUCAAUCACCACAGGCACUAACAAUGGUAAUACGUCUACGCUGCAAGCGAAUCUAGUUCCAAAUGUUGCUACAAAUGAUGAUGACCCCAGCUCUGUUCCAAAUACACAACAAUCCUCAUCACAAUCACAAGACGAAAAUUAG